UUUUUUUUUUUACUUCUUCUAUCUUCUCAAAUGGCUAGUAUGAGCAUGCCUCCACCAAUGUCCUCUAUCAAGCCAGAGCCUCAGGUCAAGCAAGAGUCCAUUAGUCAACUAUCCAGUAUCUCACACUCUUCCUCCUACCAGUCGCCUUCAUUCUAUCAUUCUUCAAGUCAUCACCAGUAUGGACAACAGCCACAGCAGCAACAGCACUCAUACUCAAGUCUGUCCCAGCAUCAAUAUCCAAUUUCCUCGUCCUCAUCCUCGGCUGGUUCCGUGGCCUCGUUCUCCAACAUGUCUCCGACUAGCAACUAUGGUCUUCCCAGGCACAUCACAAACUUAAACAUGUCAUACAGUGGCUCUGCUGUUUCACCUGCCUCCAAUUCAUUCGGGGGUAUCCAUACUGGUGCUAGUAGUGCCCCUGGAAGCGGUGCAGCCACACCUGCAAUGUCCAAUGCCCAUUUAACUACCAACGGUCUGACUAGCACGCCUUCUUCGCCCAAUUUGAGUAAUCUGCAAUAUCACCCUAGCAAUACCAACAACAGCGGUGGGAACAGCAAUCCGUAUAUGCACUCAACAUACCCACAAUCACCCUAUCAAACCCCCCAGCAGCAACAACAGCCACACUCGUACCAGCAUCAGUCUAGCCAUGCUAACGAUCUGAAUUCAAGUGGUUACUACGGCUCUUCUUCGCCGACCUACGGUUCCCAUCCACAACAACAACAGUCAGGACAGGGUCAACAACCUCACCACAACAGUGGUAGUAGUGGAAGCAGUAACGGUAGCAAUAGUACGAGUGGAUCUCAUAUCCAGUUUAAUCCCUCCACAGCUCCUUCGCCGAUGCGUCAACAUCAACAACAGCAGUACACACCUUUGGUUCCUCCGUUGUCAGAGACUCAGUAUGCUCAAUACCAUCAGCUUCUUGGUUCAUCAGCUUUUAGCUCUGCUCAAUCAACGCCCUAUCACUCGAAUCAUUCUACGCCUUAUAGCUCCAUGCCCGGGUCACCGACACGCGACUACCAACCAUUAAAUGAUACACAGGUGGUACCGAAGCCUAAGCGUCGUCAAGUCAAGAAUGCAUGUGUCAAUUGCCAAAAGGCCUGCAAAAAGUGCGACGAAGGACGGCCCUGUGCUCGAUGCAUCAAGUACGGUCUCACAGAGACUUGCGUAGAUUCGACUCGCAAAGUCCGCAAAAAGGGUAUCAAACGUGGUCCUUAUAAGCGCAGACCUCCACCCACACAGAUUGGAUCGGCAACGGCCUCAACCACACCAACAACGCCCACUAUGAGGAACGCAAUGCCUUCGGGAAUCCCAGGAUAUAUGUCUGAGCCUGUGACAGCGCUCAACAGUCCCACACAAUCACACAUGUUGCCAAUUACAAGUACAGCAGGAUCCACUACCAUGGGUCACACCAUCUCUGCACCUCUUGACUUUGGUUAUGACAACAGUGGAGGACCAGGUGGGUAUUCGUUCCAUUCUCCUCAACGGAUGGAAACCACUAGCUACGCACCAUCAUCGUACGCAACCAAUUACUCUGGGUCUAACCUUUAUGAAUCACCUUAUGGGAUCAACAGCAAUGCUGCAAACAAUCUGUCGUGAACCACACAAAAAAGACUCAUAAAGCGAUGCAUGAUCUAAAUCAAGAGCCAAAGUAUUCAUUAUUUUUUUCUUUUUAAUCCUUUCCCUUUCCCUUUUGCUUUUUUGCUUUUGCAUUACAAUCACAUUAACACACAUUGGAGACUUUCUUACUACCAUUUUGCAUGAUAAUAAUAAAAAAAAUAAAAAAUAAAAAAAAUAAAAAUAAAGAAACUC